AUGUUAAGAAUUAGGCUAUAUAUACGUGUGCAAGAUUGUACUGGUAUUGUUAGUCUGACAUUGUUUGAGCGUGAGGUGACAAAGCUUUUGAAGGUUAAUGCUAAUCAACUUUUAGACAACAACAUUGAAUUAGCAAACGAAGGAAGCUUUCCAAAGGAGCUAAAUUCUUUACUCAAUAUGAAGUUUGCGUUCAAGAUUGCUGUUUCUUCAUUUAACAUUAGCAAGAAGUCUGAUGGCUACUCAGUCUCCAAGAUGACUAAUAACCCGGUCGUUUUAUCCGAGCUUGAUAAACAUUUUGACACUAUUCAGCCUAUUGAUGACGAAGCCGUCAAUGUCGAACCAUCCGAUUCAAAUCGUAAUGAAGAUUUGCCUGUUAAGGAUUCUAUAUCCCAAACGGGAGACGAUGUAACCCCUUGCUCUAAUGUUUUUAAAGUUGGCUUUACAACAUCGUUUGAUCAGAAGGAUGCUGACUUGGAUACAAACAUCGAACGUGACUUGAAGCGCAAUUUGGAUACCGUGUAUGACGUGGAUGAUGUUUCUUCCCAGUCUUCAUCAAAGAUGCGUAAAGACAGUGGUGUCGAUGAAGUUCUUCUAAUUCCAAAGAAAGAAGCUUAGUAAUCUAUAAUUCAAACAUUUGAUAUCAUCGUUGGUUUUGUUUUCAUUAUUUGGAUAUUUUUGUUGGGUAUUUUCGAAAUUUGACAAUGAUUUGAC